AUGAAGUAUUCCUUCUCUUUGAUUGCGUCUUUGAUCACUGUCGGGGAGUGCCUUUCCUUGCCUCCUCUGAUCCCACUCAUCCCGGGAGUGACUGAGCCUUUGACAACCAACGCUCCUCCAUUGCCUAUCUUGCAAAUUCCAACUCCUCCAUUGGAGAGUCCUCCCUUUACUCCAAGCGACAUUCGCCCCAAGAAGAUUGGAUACUUCUGGACUGGAUCUGCAGACAAGUUCCACAAGGACUUUCUUGCUACCUACAGUCUAGAUGAUGACACUUUUGGUACUCUGCUGUGGGUUACCGAUGUCCCAUCUAGCGGCAACGAUCCCCACCAUCUCGGACCCUCUCUUGACGGCAAGACUCUGUGGGGUGGUGGAUUGCUUUCACUUCUGAAGACACAGGACACUGGAUUCUAUUUCGACACCUCGAACCCUUACCGGCCCAAGUUUCUGAAAAGUAACCGGGGUAUCCUGGCCUCAAUUGCAGACGAGGUCAGAGCCAAACCCGAUGGAGGCUUCUUUAUCACAUACAUGGGUUCUGCAGUUGGUACCUCUCCUGGUCGUUUGAUCGAGACCGAUGCCGAUUUCAACAUCAUUCAUGAAUGGCCGGAGGAUGUUGAGGGUACACUCAACAUUCUUGAACAACAAUUCUCUCCUCACGGUCUUAGCAUUGACUGGGAUAAGAAGCUCAUUUUGACAUCGGACUUUGUCGAGCCCAUCACUAUAUUGAAGCCCAGUCUUGGUGUGCGCCAUGCCGAUACACUGCGCUUGUGGGAUCUGGAUUCUCGGACCAUCAUCAGUACUCUUACUAUCCCUAAUGGCGGCGGUAUUCAAGAUGUCAAGUUUAUCCCCGGACACCCUGAAUCUGCUGCUAUUGCAACUGCGGUUCACCUGGGUCAGAUUUGGAUUAUCUACCCUCUGCGCACCAACCCAAACGGCAGCCAAGGCGUGAUCGAGGAACUCUUUGAUUUGGGACCCAAAGCCCGUGAUACUAUUGCUAUCUACUCGGAUAUCAGCCAAGACGGCCGCUUUUUCUACGCAACCCUGACAACCGCGAACCACAUUGUCGCACUGGACAUUAGCGACCUCAACAAUGUCAAGCGUCUCGAUGACCCAGAUGAAGACCAACCCACCGUUGGACCUCACUAUAUCAAGGUCACCCCCGACCAGAAGCACUUGGUUGUUACGGAUUACUUUGUUCAGACCGGCGAGAUUGGUAUUAUCAAUACUCCUGCCGACUUCAAGGCACUCUAUAUCGAUCUGAAUGAGGACGGUAGUCUGUCUUUCAACCGGACUAUUGACUUUAGUAAGGAGUUUGAGAAUCGUGGCGGUGCGAAGCCUCACUCUAGUGUUAUCUUUGAUCUCACUGAUCCCGAGAAGCCUCUUUACUACUAA